AUGGUUCUACAUCUAGUGGAGGCUCCUCAUUCGCGCCAACCGGCGGCAGCAGUGGUCGUACAUCUAGUGGAGGCUCCUCAUUUGCAUCAACCGGCGUCAGCAGUGGUCCUACAUCUACUGGAGGCUCCUCAUCCGCUUCAACCGGCGGCAGCAAUGGUCCUACAUCUAGUGGAGGCUCCUCAUCCUCUUCAACCGGCGGAAGCAGUGGUCCUACAUCUAGUGGAGGCUCCUCAUUUGCGUCAACCGGCGGCAGCAGCAGUCCUACAUCUAGUGGAGGCUCCUCAAUCGCGUCAACCGGCGGCAGCAGUGUUCCUACAUCUAGUGGAGGCUCCUCAUUCGCGCCAAUCGGCGGCAGCAGUGGUCGUACAUCUAGUGGAGGCUCCUCAUUUGCGUCAACCGGCGUCAGCAGUGGUCCUACAUCUACUAGAGGCUCCUCGUCCACUUACAGCCAGCGGCAGCAGUGGUCCUGCAUCUAGUGGAGGCUCCUCAUUUGCGUCAACCGGCGGCAGCAGUGGUCCUGCAUCUAGUGGAGGCUCCUCAAUCGCGUCAACCGGCGGCAGCAGUGGUCCUGCAUCUAGUGGAGGCUCCUCAUUCGCGUCAACAGGCGGCAGCAGUGGUCCUACAUCUACUAGAGGCUCCUCGUCCACUUCAGCCAGCGGCAGCAGUGGUCCUGCAUCUAGUGGAGGCUCCUCAUUUGCGUCAACCGGCGGCAGCAGUGGUCCUGCAUCUAGUGGAGGCUCCUCAAUCGCGUCAACCGGCGGCAGCAGUGGUCCUGCAUCUAGUGGAGGCUCCCCACUCAUUUGCGUCAACCGGUCGUCAGCAGUGGUCCUACAUCUACUAGAGGCUCCUCGUCCACUUCAGCCAGCGGCAGCAGUGGUCCUGCAUCUAGUGGAGGCUCCUCAUUUGCGUCAACCGGCGGCAGCAGUGGUCCUGCAUCUAGUGGAGGCUCUCAUUCGCGUCAACAGGCGGCAGCAAGUGGUCCUACAUCUAGUGGAGGCUCCACAUUUGCGUCAACCGCCGGCAGCAGUGUGGAGGCUCCUCUUCGCGUCAACCGGCGGCAGCAGUGGCCUACACCUAGUGGAGGCUCCUCAUUUGCGUCAACAGGCGGCAGCAGUGGUCCUACAUCUAGUGGAGGCUCCUCAUUCGCGUCAACCAGCGGCAGCAGUGGCCCUACACCUAGUGGAGGCUCCUCAUUCGCGUCAACCGGUGGGCAGUAGUGGCCCUACAUCUAGUGGAGGCUCCUCAUUCGCGUCAACCGGGGGUAGCAGUGGUCCUACAGCUACUGGAGGCUCCUCAUCCGCAUCAUCCGGCGGCAGCAGUGGUCCUGUAUCUACUGGAGGCUCCUCAUUUGCCAGCAGUGGUCCUACAUCUAGUGGAGGCUCCUCAUUUGCGUCAACGGGCGGCAGUAGUGGUCCUACAUCUAGUGGAGGCUCCUCAUUUGCGUCAACCGGCGGCAGCAAUGGUUCUACAUCUAGUGGAGGCUCCUCAUUCGCGUCAACCGGCGGCAGCAAUGGUUCUACAUCUAGUGGAGGCUCCUCAUUUGCGUCAACCGGCGGCAGCAGUGGUCCUACAUCUAGUGGAGGCUCCUCAUUUGCGUCAACGGGCGGCAGUAGUGGUCAUACAUCUGGUGGAGGCUCCUCAUUCGCGUCAACCGGCGGCAGCAAUGGUUCUACAUCUAGUGGAGGCUCCUCAUUCGCGUCAACCGGCGGCAGCAAUGGUUCUACAUCUAGUGGAGGCUCCUCAUUCGCGUCAACCAGCGGCAGCAGUGGUCCUUCUUCUAGUGGAGGCUCGUCAUUCACGUCAACCGACGGCAGCAGUGGUCCUACAUCUAGUGGAGGCUCCUCUUUCGCGUCAACCGGCGGCAGCAGUGGUCCUUUUUCUAGUGGAGGCUCCUCAUUCCCGUCAACCAGCGGCAGCAGUGGUCCUACAUCUAGUGGAGGCUCCUCUUUCGCGUCAACCGGCGGCAGCAAUGGUUCUACAUCUAGUGGAGGCUCCUCACUCGCGUCAACCGGCGCCAGCAGUGGUUCUACAUCUAGUGGAGGCUCCUCAUUCGCGUCAAUAGGCGGCAGCAGUGUUCCUUCUUCUAGUGGAGGCUCCUCAUACGCGUCAGCCGGCGGCAUCAGUGUUCCUACAUCUAGUGGAGGCUCCUCUUUCGCGUCAACCGGCGGCAGCAGUGGUCCUUCUUCUAGUGGAGGCUCCUCAUUCGCGUCAACCGGCUGCAGCAGUGGUCCUACAUCUAGUGGAGGCUCCUCGUUCGCGCCAACUGGCGGCAGCAAUGGUUCUACAUCUAGUGGAGGCUCCUCAUUCGCGUCAACCGGCGGCAGCAGUGGUCCUACAUCUAGUGGAGGCUCCUCUUUCGGGUCAACCGGCGGCAGCCGUGGUCCUACAACUAGUGGAGGCUCCUCUUUCGCGUCAACCGGCGGCAGCAGUGGUCCUACAUCUAGUGGAGGCUCCUCUUUCGCGUCAACCGGCGGCAGCCGUGGUCCUACAACAAGUGGAGGCUCCUCUUUCGCGUCAACCGGCGGCCGCAGUGGUCCUACAUCUAGUGGAGGCUCCUCGUUCGCGUCAACCGGCGGCAGCAAUGGUUCUACAUCUAGUGGAGGCUCCUCUUUCGCGUCAACCGGCGGCAGCAGUGGUCCUUCUUCUAGUGGAGGCUCCUCAUUCGCGUCAACCGGCGGCAGCAGUUGGAGGCUCCUCAUUCGCGUCAAUCGGCGGCAGCAGUGGUCCUACAUCUAG